GGUCUGUAAUUGAACUCUCGCGAACUUAUAGGGCACGCGCCGCUGAGGACGGACAUUGGGAUUGGGCUCAGUCACUCCAGCCGCAUGUUGUGAUUCCUCAAGUUCCUGUCAGUGGACCGGCUGUAAGAUGUCCGCUGUAACACCGCCUGUUAACGACCAGCAUGUUUUUCAUCGACGUGAAUUUGAGGAGCUGUCGUCAGUUAACCAGAGAAGAGGCAGACUCACUGCUCAGCCUGCUCACGGUGCACGGCACGCCGCACUCCACCACCAGCGACACCCGGCCGAUGGCAGUCGGACCCAGCCUCGACUGCCCAGCGAUCCCAGCGCCAGAUGGCCCCAUGUGGACGACCCCACCACCAGAGAGCCUCAGCUGGAUGACUGUGAGCGGAUGGGGACUUUGUUUGGGAUGCUCAAUAAGUGUCUGCGGGGGAUGGGCUUCAGCCAGAUGUACUUUGGGGACAAGAUAGUGGAGCCAGUGGUGAUUGUCUUCUUCUGGCUGCUGCUCUGGUUCCUGGGUAUUCAGGCCCUGGGGCUGGUGGGAACUCUGUGCAUCAUCAUCAUCUACAUCCAGAAGUAAUGAGAGCUGGUGAUCAGCAGGGCCUGCUUCUUUCUUUGGCUCAUUCCUGCACAUGCAGGACGCAGUUAAUUCUAAUGGAUGUUUGAAAUGGAAUAUGCAGAUCUUUGUUUUUUUGGAGGAGGAAGAGGGGGGAGGGGCAGCUGUGGAGAGGCCGGUGCAGGUUUCUGGAAGUGGUUUAAAACUGUUUCAGUCAGGAUUCUUCAGGACUGUCCUGCCUCAGUAAAAGGAGCAAAGCUGUCCAUCAAUCAGCUGAUUUCAAAGGAACAGGAAGUGGGAAAAGACUUGUUUUAGUUUGAGUCAAAGGCUACAAAACGAAGGCCAAAAGUCCCAGUGCUCAGGAAACAGAACUGAACACGUGUUUGUGUGGAAACUGACUUUAAAAGAAGAGAGAUCUUUGCUCCCACACAGUCUGUUAAUGUAACUCCAGUCAUUAAUCACUGUCUGACUGUAAAGCAGACAUAUGGGAUAUGGUGCGUUCUUGGGAAACUUUUUUUGCUGUAAAAUAUUUACUGUGAGACAGUAUGGGUGCACUGUAUUCUGAUAUCUGUAUUUUUGUCGCCCUGAAUCAGCACAUUUGUGCAUCUCUAAUAUAUAUUGUCUCCUCAAGGGGAUGGAUAGAAAUGUGAAGUAUGUCAUUAAUGAUUUCUCACAUUCAUUGAAAGAUGAGAAACUGAUAAAUUGGGAUAAAACUUCUGUGUUGGAAACUAAAUGUGUUCAACAGAUACAAUUCAAUUCAAGUAUGCUUGUGCCAAUUCUACCAGAUGCAAAACCCAGGUGAUCCUAAAGUUAGAGUUGAGCUGAGCAAGUGGCAUUCACAGUGCUUCUUCAUGCACACAGCUGGUUGGGUAUACUGUAUCAGACCAGUCUUGGGUUAUAUAUACCUUCACUUUGUGUUUAUAUUCUGCAUUACAUUUAAUUUACACUUGUGUCUUAACCUGUCAGCCUGUGUCAGUUGAGUGGAAUUAACACUAAAUGCCUCUGUGUAAUCAUCAUAUCUGGCUGUAAUCAUACUGGAGUUGAAGUAUUCUCCAAAAACCUUCUCAGACUCAGGUAGGGCUGCACGAUUAAUCAUAUUAAAAUCGCGAUCUCCAAUUCACAUUCAGAUCUUCUUUCUGAAUGACAACGAUUUGGCUGCAUUUUCAUCAGGGACACCUGCUACGUCACUGGUAGUUUCCACUUUAGCCGUGUCCGUAUGCAGCUCUCAGCAGACAGAGCUCACCUGACACCGGAGCGGAGAGAAUCGGAGCGCCUCCUGCAUCGCGCUGCAGCUCCGCCCUCUGUUUUCAUCAAGUGUCUAACUCCACAGUUGCUCAGUUUUGUGGUUUGGUCAUUUUAAGACAAGAUGUGGUUGUAAAGUUUACAGUCUGUCACUCUGCUGCUCCUGCAGUGCUCUGUGUGUGAACUGCGAGGCAGCUAAGAAAAAAGUGUAACCACUCGUCCACUGACAUUCUGUGAGUCGAGUCAGGGUACUCCUGACUGAUCCAUCGAAUAGUCGACAUUUAGAGGGCAGCCUGAGAACCUUACAGUUUAUCACCAUACCCAUCAAGCUCCCAUAGGUGAUCACCUACCACUUAGCCAAAGAUAUGACUUGUUCUAUAUCACUGAUGAGUAAAUGACUGCAAUCGUGAGAGAGAGAAUCAUGAUCUCAGUUCUAAGCCAAAAAAUCAUGAAUCUUUUUUUUUUUCCAGAAUUAUGCAGCCCUAGGCUCAGGUGUCUUUAAAUAAGAAAAUGUGUCUGUGAUUGCAGUCACAGAAAUCAAAAACUGAAUGUUGACACUGCAGACAGAGGGAGAUGAGGCAGUGUCUCCUAUCAAUCGCACACAUAUGCAAUGUAUUAAUGUCGGCCAUCUACAUUCGCCUGCAGCCUUUUGUUCUACUGCAGGACGUAGUGUGACAUUGGACGGGGGAAUGGAUGGUCAUCAGUGUCUAACAGGAUUGUCCUCGAGCUUAAGUCCUGGUUGACUUAAAUAAGACCAGCAUGUAAUAUCUAUUAUGAACCAUAACCAAGUGUUAAUGUUCCCGUGAAGUUACCAUGAGAGGGUCCAGUAAAAUAUCAUGUAAUAAACAUAUAUUCACCAUCUGCAGCAUUAUGUUUCCCCCAAACUGUUCAAUGCAAAAUAACUGCAUAUGAAUGUAGACUAAUUGUUAGGAGAAACAGCUGAUGAGGCAGGUUCAAUGAAAAUGAAUGACUUGAAGUCUCUAAAGGUGGAUUGGUUUAAUUUGACCUUUAACUAGAAUGGUUUUCUCAGGUAGGAGUUACAGUUGAACAUAUUUUACUCUGCUGCUGUUAUUGUACAUUUCUCUGAUGUGUUCAAAUUUCCAGGUUAACUCAUCACACACUAGUCAUCUCACUGAGUUUUAAGUUUUCCAGGGGAAAUGUCAUCACUGUACAAUAAGUUUAUCACUCACUGACUGUAGCCAUACUGCAUUGAUUUUUUGUUUUUCAGAUAUUUGAGCCGAGAAAUGUUGAAUCUAAACGUAUCACACUGUGCAUGAUUAAAAAAUAUAAAAAAAUGUUCUCUGGGUGUCACUGAGUGGUACAGCAGUGUCUGCACAAAAUGUUAACAUGAAUAAUCAUUGCAUAUUUUACUUGUAUUAAGAGAGUUGUGAUCCAAGACCAUUUGUCACUGUAAAUCUGUACAGUACAGUCUGAUGUUCAGACCACUCACCUGUAAAGUUACAUUGCAAUAUUCCACAGGCUUCACAUCUCUGCACCUUCUUCUAAACCAUUCUGUAGCCACUGGUUCCCAUUCAUAGCUGGGUUUCCUCAUGUUCUCAUUUAAAAUCAGAAUUUCAUCAAAAUCUUUAUAGCGUCCCUCGGUGACUGGGUUCAUGGGGUUCGCUAAAAGACGUGUUAAUUAAUACCCAGCUAAGUGAAUAAAUAAUCCUGUGGUUUUACAAGUUUGAAAGGCUGGAGUCCUAACAGCAACUCCAGACACCAGCUACUGAGUCAGAUCAUCAACAGUUAAAGACAUCACUCGGUCCUCCACCAGACACCACCCUCUCAGCUGAUAUCUUUGCCUCUUUCUUAACUAAAAAGGUGGCGGCCAUCAGCAGUCAGGUCUCUGAACCACUCAGAGACAAGCAGCUCUCUGUCUCUGAGUGCACACCACCCUCUGCUCAGUCCCCUGUCUGAGGACAGAGCACCAGUAGAAGCACUGUAAGAUAGAAUAGAACCUCAUACUGUACUGCAGCACUGUGCCUGUGUAAGUAUCCAAGGAGAAUGUCUUGCAGCCAGAUGAAAGAAUAUACACAGACCUCCAUAUAAAAUACAUUAAACAGACCAUAGAAUAAUAAGACUAACAGUGUAUAGCCAUGCUAGCUGCUCUGUGAGGCUAUUCAGCACAGUGGUGCUGUGAGCUAAAUGCUAACAUGUUGAUGUUUAGCAGGAAAUGUAAAUGGACCAUCUUUAAGGUGUGUUUCACAACAAGCCUGUACAGAGCAACAUAAAACAAUCAAUGACAGCAUAAUGUAAAGCCUCAUCAUCAUCAUCCUCAUCAUCCAAGCCCUUCAUUAGACAGCAAAUAUCUUCACUUCCUCGAAUGUUAACAGGAGUGUCUGAUAGUGUCGCCCAGCACAGGCAUGUUGGAUCACCAGUGACUAAGUCCACAGGCGCCAAUAAAAAUCUUGACAUGCUUCCUCA